CAAGCGACCAAGCCCUGUCUGAUUGGUGUCUCAGUGUCAUUGAGUCCCGAUUUUUCAAGUUACCAAGUGCAAAAGGAUAUUCAUAGCCAACACACAAUGUCUCUGGAUGAAAGAUUUAACAAAGCGGCUGAGGAUAUCAAGACAUUGACUGUCCGGCCGACAGAUGACGAACUCAAAGAGAUUUAUGCUUUGUUCAAGCAAGCCACUGUUGGAGAUGUUAACGUCGCUCGACCUGGAAUGAUGGACUUCAAAGGAAAAGCGAAAUGGGACGCUUGGGAAUCGAAGAAAGGCAUGUCCUCCGAGGCUGCCAAAGAAGCCUACAUCUUGAAAUCAGCCGAGUUGGUGGCCAAAUACAGAAAGUAGUGCAAUUAAAACCUGCAUGUUUGGAUGUGAAAAAUUACCUGUUAUUCGUUUUUAUCACCCGAGCGUGUUUAAAUGCUGAUAAGUAGUUUUACGAUAGAGUAUAAUUAAAUUGAUGUGGAAAAGA